AGGAAAUAUUGUUUAAUGCACACAGUUUGGUUCUAUGGCUAGUCCUAUUAUUCAACAAUUGAAAAAAUCUUUGAGCCCUAGAUCACCAAUUAUGAGGUUCAAGUCUCCUUUUAAAGUGAAGCAGAUUGAUGGUAAAUUAUCGGUACCUGUACCCGAUUCAGAUUACAUCAAUGUAAAAGUUCAUUUUCAAAGUGUUUCUCCCUGUAGAAGACAAUUAUUUAAGGAUGGCGCUUCGUUUAAUAAUUCAAAAGUUCCAAAAAUGUGCAAUCCUUUGUCGUUUGAACCGUGUAUUAAAGAUAUUCUUGACAAUGGUAUUGAUGAGAAACAGUAUUAUAUUCUUGGAAAGGGGACAUUUGGAACUGUGAUUCUAAGCUGUUUAAGAGGAGAAAAAGCAGCUGUUAAAGUCGUUAAAAUGACUAUUGACCAAUCCACAAUAAACAGAGAACGUAAUGCUUUAGUUUUAUCCCAUGUAAACAUUAUUGAUGUAAGACAAGUUAUUUUUAACCCAAUUAAAAAGUAUGGCAUUGUUGUUAUGGAGGCUUGGUCACCUUUGACGUUGCAGGCUGUGAAUGAAGAGGCCAUUCAAAUCAGUAUUGAAGACAGUAUAAGAAUCAUGAUUGGCAUCAGCAAAGCUUUAGAGUAUUGCCACGAGGUCGACAUUGUGCACCUCGAUGUAAAACCAAAAAAUAUAUUACUCGAUUUGAAAGCAAUGCAGAGUAAACUCUGUGAUUUCGGUAAUUCAUACAACAUGAAAAGUCCUAUUCCUUUGAAAAAUAUACAAGGGACAGUAGCGUACCUGGCGCCAGAAGUAUUUCAAGGCAAAAAAGUAACUGAUAAGUGUGACGUUUAUUCUUUUGGCAUAACUUUAUGGCAGAUUUUACAUAAAGAAAACCCCUAUAAUGGUUUGGAGAAACAUAUAAUCAUCUAUCAGGUUGUGGCAAAUAAGGAACGCCCUAAAACACUAUACAAAUGUGAAACUAAAGGAUACAUAAAACUUUAUGAAAAGUGUUGGAACGAAGAACCAUCACAACGACCUUCUAUGUCAUACGUUACAAACAAUUUACUACUAAUGAUUUAAAAUUAUGUCAGAACUAAAAGUUCUUUUUAUUACCCUGAAGAGAUUUAUAAAAUAAAUCUGUAAUUUAUAUUUAUAUAACUAAGUUUAUUAAUUUUAUAAUUUAAUUGAAUCAGGGAUGUGAAUAUUAAUAAUUAAAGGAUAUGUUUUU